AUGGAAAAUCAUCAGGAUACAGCCACAUACGAGGAAUUACCGAAAUCCUUGAUCGAUACAAUAGAUCAGCAAUUAGAAUUACACUUGAAAAAAAUAAAAGCACAACUUACAUCAAUACGAGACUCUGUUUCGGAAAAUAGUAAUGAAGAUAUAUAUGAUCUACCUCGAAAGCCAGGAAACAAUAAAAAUAUUUUAACUGGAAAAAACGAUACUAUGCCUAAAGAUCAAAAUCUGGUCUGCCAGAAUAUAAUGCAAUUUGCAUCUUUCGAAUCUUCACUUUCUGCUACCCCUCCAGAUAAUAAACCUUUUAUCACAGAGUCACAAAAUUUACGACGCCCUGAUAUUUUUAAAAAUAGGUUCCAAGAGUUUGGAUUUGUACUCGUUGGAGUAAUUGGACAAUUUCUUAGUCAAGUAGGAUUGACACAAGUUUUGUCUACAAUGAAUAUCCUCGCAGAGGAACUACAUACUACCAAGAUGAGGCAACCAUGGCUGAUGGCUGCUUUUCCUUUAGGCUUGGGGUGCACAAUUCUAAUUAGUGGAAGGCUUGGUGAUAUUUUUGGUCUAAAGAAAGUAUUAUUAUUAGGCUAUAUAAUAACAACUAUUUGGACAUUGAUUUGCGGAUUUUCCUCAUAUGCCCACAGUGAUGAUUUGUUCAUCGUGUCCAGAACAUUCCAAGGCUUAGGAUUAGCCUGUGCACUACCAAAUAUGUUCGAAUUGAUUGGAAUAAUAUAUAAACCACACUGUUUUAAAAAAAAUAUGAUAUUUUGCAUUAUUGGUGCAAUGUCCCCAAUAGGAGCUACCCUAGGUGGUAUAUUCGCAGGUCUAUCAGUAAAAUAUAAUAUCAAAAAUUGGCCUUGGAGUUUUUAUUCAUUUGCAAUUGUAGCAUUUUUAAACGGAAUCAUAGCCUGGUUUUGUAUUCCAAAUGAUAUCGAAAAGAACCCUCAAGGACUUAAGAUGGAUUGGAUUGGUUCUGCACUGGGGCUUUUUGGCUUAGUGGUUUUAAAUUUUGUAUUUAACCAAACUCCUAUUGAUGGUUGGUCAAGUGCAUAUCUUAUUGUUUUAUUAGUAGUAUCUGUGGUUGCAUUGAUAUUAUUUGUGAUUUAUGAAUUAACAAUGGCAAACUUCCCAUUGAUCCCAAAAGGUAUUCAUUCAAAUUACCGAUUAAUAUUAAUACUAUUGACAUUAUUUUGUGGUUGGGGAGGAUUUGCCAUUUGGACUUUUUAUUACUUUGCUUUCCAAUUGAACCUAAGACAUUAUAGUCCUUUAUGGGCAAGCUCUUCCAAUUUCGUUUUGAUAAUUUCAGGUACUAUUUAUACUAUCAUCUGUUGUUUGGCAGUUCAAAGAAUGAAACCACCAAUCUUAUUAUUUUUUUCAAUGUUGGGAUUCCUUGGUGGCAAUAUUUUGUUUGCUGUUACUCCAAUUCAUCAAACAUUCUUUAGGAACAUGUUUGGUUCUAUGUUUCUAUUCCCAUUAGGUAUGGUAUUUUCCUUCCCAUCUGCUUCUAUGAUGACUGCAGAAACUUUACCUACACAUUAUAAAAGUAUGGCAGGCUCUCUAGUAAAUGUUGCGAUCAAUUACGCAACUUCAAUUUGUGUAGGUAUGGCUGGGAGUGCUAAUGUUAAUCAUAACAAUCAUGGCCAAGAUUUAUUGCACGGAUUUAGAGCUGCGUCGUAUUUAGCAAUUGGAUUGUCUGGUUUCUCAGUAUUUUUAAGCGGUUUAUAUAUGAUUGGGUCUAUAUGGACUGAUAGAAACCAGAAAAUGAAAGAAAACAAAUUGAUAAACACGGAUAGUGAAUCAGUAUAG